AGUGUUUUACUCAUUUCUCAGUGACAAGGAAGUGGCGGUGCCCUGAGCUAAAGUCGGAGACACAGAAGCCCGAGUACAGGAUGGGCCACACAGCCACAUAUGAUCCCAUGGUCAAGUGUAUAUAUGUGUAUGGAGGCUCCAAGAACCUCAAGUGGUUCCAUGAUGUACAUAUGCUGGACAUAGACGAGUGGAAAUGGCAGCUACUCAAGGUGUCUGGUAAAGCCCCAACGCGAGCCUACCACAGUGCGACACUGUACCGUAAUGAGCUGUGGAUCUUCGGUGGCGUGUAUCCCCGACCAGACCCCCAGCCUGAUGGCUGCAGUAACGAUGUGCACAUCUUCUCUCCUGUCAUGGAGAGUUGGUACACACCCAUCAUCAAGGGAGACAAGCCCAUUGCCAGAUCUGGCCACUCGGCCACGCUGAUGAAGGACCAGCUGGUGGUGUUUGGAGGCUGGGAUGCUCCUUAUGUGUACAACGACCUUCAUAUCCUUGACCUCAGUAUGGUGGAAUGGUCUCAACCCAAAGUCUCUGGUACUCCACCUAAUCCACGCAGUUGGCAUGCUUCCUCUGCACUGUCUGGAAACAGAAUACUCAUUCAUGGUGGCUAUGAUGGCAAUGUGGCCCUAGAUGACACCCAUGUCUUCUGUCUUG